UUUUUGCUUUAUUUUUUAGAUUAUGCAACCAUCUCUAGAUGAAGUUCAACAAAUUUUACAUAAAAGUACUGAAAUGAUAAUUGAUAUCACAAAAGGCAUCAGUUCUUGGAGAAUGCAAUCCAGACCAUCACAUUAUAAUUUUAUGAAAGCAGAAAGUAUGCAAGAAAUAUCAGUAUAUUAUAGAGCAGCUGUAGAAAAUAAUGAAAUAUCAAAAUUAGUACUAGUAUUGAAUUCUUCAGUAUCAGCAAUUGCUCAGAUUAUUAGAAGUGUCAUUGAUAGUUAUAAGGAGUAUCAAGAUUUAUGGAUGAAAGAUAAAGACUAUACAGUUAAGGAAUUUCUAAAAAAUGAAGUAAUAAUCAGCGAUAUCAAAGCAAUAUUGUUUUAUUAUGAAAAUUUAGAAGAAAGAAUAAAUAACAUUCCACUUUUUCACAAUGUGGGAAUGAUGAAAAUUUUAACAGAUGAUAUUAAACAGUCGCUGUUAGCUGAAGCAAGAUCUCGGAAGAUGCAAUAUGGAAAUCAGUGUCGAGCAAAGUUUCAUGAGAAACUGUAUUAUAUAGGUGAUUUUAUGGCAGAUAAUUUAAAAAAGCUCAGCAGACCAAUUGUUGACUUAGAUGAUAUUAGAAGUACCAUGAGUUGUUUGGAAAAUAUUAGAGAACAGCAAAUAGACAUUGAUAAUAUGAUUGAUCCAAUUGAGGAGGUAUAUACAAUUUUUCAAAAAUUUGGUAUUUAUGUUUCCAUUGAAGAAAAUGAGAAAGUUGACACAUUAAGAUAUAAUUUUAAAAGAUUACUGACCAAAGCAAAAGAAGUUCAAGAACAUUUGAUAGAUAUACAGGAUAACUAUAAAUCAACUUUAUUAGAUGGAGUAAAAGAUUUUACAAUAGAUGUUACAGACUACUCAAAAAGAUACACAGAAGUAAAUAAAUUAUAUUUUUACAAUAAAAUUCCUUUCAUUUAUCUUUUAUAUUGCAAAACAAAAGUUAACACCACAGAUGAAUAA